GCAAGAUGGAUUUUUGUGCACUCAAAUUCAAUAAAAAGAUUAGAGCUUUAUUAUGUGUUACAGCUUUUGUGCUAAUUUAUUUCAAGUUUUUAAGAUUAGAGCAAGUCAGAAAAAAGGUAGCAGGAGGAUUAAAGCAUCAGCAAUUUUUUGAAGAUGAUAUUGAUGUGUCCACAAAUUUGGAAUGUGGUGAAAUAUGUAGCUAUGAAGUAAAAGUUGAAAAACCAGGAAAAUAUUAUCCAUUUCUCCAAAAAGCUGUAAACUGUGAAUCUAUAAUGGGACGCAUGGCACUCAAUCCAGAAACACCAACACCUCCGCCAAAGAAAAUUCCAGUGAAGAUGUUUGAAGAGUUUACUCAAAAUGGGGAGCUUCCAAGCAAUGAGUAUUCGUAUUUCGAUGGCACUACUAUUGGAAAACAAGAAAACUUUUCAACAGAUCAUAUCAAUGAACUCAUAAACAAAGAUAAAAAAGGGAUCAUUUUUGGAGAUUACGGAGUUCCUGAGCCUAAAAAAGCAAUUGCUGCAUAUGUUAAGGAUAUUAAAAACAAGCGUGGAGUUGUAAUUGGCUCUUUAUCACCCUGGCUUGAAGCACUGGCUUUAUCUGCAGGUGCAGAGCACAUGACAACACUGGAAUACAACAACAACAUGUUUCUCCACCCUAAGAUAACCAAAAUCCAUCCGUAUGAUAUGGCAAGAAAAUAUAGAGAUGGUAGUUUUCAAGCAUUUGAUUUUGCUUUAUCAUUUUCAUCGAUAGAACAUUCUGGACUUGGUCGCUAUGGUGACCCUCUUAAUCCCUAUGGUGAUCUAGAAGCUGUUGCACAAGUUUGGUGCAUGCUCAAACCAGGUGGGAUAUUUCAACUAGGAAUUCCUGAGACAAAUGGUAAUAACUCCUUCAUGGAGUUUAAUGCGCAUAGAGUUUAUGGACACAGUAGGCUCAAGCAUUUAACAGCCAAUUUUGAAGUGCUUGAUCAUUUCAAUGCAUAUCAGGGUGUUUGGGUUUUGAAAAAACAUAGUGCUCAUAUCUGUAUGUCAUAGUGCUCAUAUCUGUCACAAAUAAUGUUACAUUUUUUUUGCAAAAAACGAACCAAAUUUUUGAAUGAAACAGAUACGAAAAGGACAAAAAUCAAAACUAGAAUGCUAACUGGUUGAGACAUCAUGCACGUAAAAAGGCAAUCUUUUCAUUAGAAACUUGUAUAUACAAAGUUGAUUGAAUUCAAUUAACAAUGAUGUUAGAACAUGAAAGGAAUAAUGUAAGAAAUAUGUAAGGAAUAAAUUG